GUGCGAAACGCGUGAGGGGUGGCGAUUCUAUGACAAGCUUGUCAGCAGUGGGGGGUAUUUGGGGAUUCAGGGGAAAAUCUACCUCGAUACAUAGACCGGAGUGCAGAGUGCGAACCACUGCCAAGCGAAGUAUCCGGGCUGUGAAUCGUGACAAACGGGGUGGCACUUUAACGCGGAAGCAUUAUUAUCGGCGCGUUAGUUUUGCUCCGAUUUUAGUUGAAUGUUGUUAUCGGUAUAGUGUCAAGUCCGUUUUUAAACACGAUGAGUAGUUCAUUUGAACGUGAUCCGAAGAAGAGACGAGUCAAACCCGUCGAUUCGGCCCAACAAUCAUUGCUUGAUUUUGAUUUGGGUGAGAGUUCGGAUGACAGCGAUUUCAGAAUCGAAGACCACUGUGAGGAGUCGGAUGACGAUUCUGUUGACUCUCACGAUGUUGGAAAAGAUGAGGACGAUGAUGAAUCAGAAGAGACCGAUGAUUCACUUGAAGAACCUUUGGUUCGGGGGAAAGGGAUUGGUGGGAUGACGGUCUGUGAUGUAAUUGAACAAGCACGGCAGCAAGCUGCCAAAGCUGGCCAAUUCGAUGAAAAAGUUGCUAAAGUUUUAAUCUGUUGCGGCUGUUUGGGAGACAGGAGUGACGACAUUAAUGAGAUUGUUGAGUGCGAUGGAUGUGGGGUCACUGUUCACGAAGGCUGCUAUGGUGUUUCCGACGUUGAGAGCUUUUCUAGCACCGAUUCACUUUGCCAGUCCGCACCAUGGUUCUGCGAAGCCUGCAGUGCUGGUGUUGACGAUCCUUCGUGUGAACUCUGCCCCAACAAAGGUGGAAUUUUCAAAGAGACUGAUGUCGGGAAAUGGGUUCAUCUUGUAUGCGCCUUGUACGUUCCUGGGGUUGCUUUUGGAGAGGUAGACCGUCUGGCAAGUGUGACAUUGUUUGAAAUGGCGUACAGCAAAUGGGGAGCGAAGCAGUGCUGCUUGUGCGAAGAUGCUCGCUAUGCUCGAACUGGUGUCUGCAUUGAGUGUGAUGCAGGAAUGUGUCACACGUACUUUCAUGUCACAUGUGCACAGAGAGAGGGCCUGCUAUCUGAAGCUCAUAGUGAAGAAGUGGACCAAGCGGAUCCAUUUUACGCGCACUGCAAAUUACACUCGGAUAAAACCUUAGUUCGUCGACGCAGACGUAACUGGCUAGCUCUUCAGCUCAGAGCACAGUAUAGACAGCAGUUGCAUUUGCAACCUGAUCAUCUCGAUACUGAAGAACAGCGCAGAAUUCAAAGGAAGCUUGCAAAGCACAGACAUAAGUACUUGGCUCAUAAGGCAUCAAGGCAACCACCUUGGGUGCCUACUCAGAAAAUGCCAAGACUACUCACAACAUCAGCUUCUGCUUGUCGCCAGUUGGCAAAGAAGGCGGAAUUGAUGGGAGUUGAUACCGCAGCCUUAGAAGCUCAAGAGGCCCAGCUAGUCGCAUUGGUCGAUGUUAGAAAGAAAUGGCAUAUUCCUCCCGCGUUUAGUGUCGAAUUUAUUGGCUACUACCUUGAUCGGAAUCUCCGCGUUGCUUCAAUGAAACGAAGACUUCAAGAACACUUAGAUGUUAACUCACAAUUGUUGAACGAACAACAAAGACUAGAUAGGAAGUAUGAUGAAGUGACAAAGGAUAACGAAGAUCAAAUUCGUGUCAAUGUUACUUUGAAAGAAAAAAUUGAAAUGUAUCAUCAGCUGCUCAGAUCUUCUGGAUACGUUAAACCACUACCAUUAAUCGCAGACUUGGCUAAACCCAGGAUACCGACUACCCUUGGUACAGGACUUGGGGUGCCUACAGCUGCCGCAUUAAAAAUGGGAGUGGGUUUUCCCCUACCUGUAGGAAAAGGCGGUGAGGGUGGAAGAGAAGGUCGUGUAUUGAGUAGUCAAGCUCAUGAUCACAAUCACAAAGGUGAUCUAACACUAAGACACCAGUGCGGUAUUUGUCGAAGAUCAACGGAUCAGCACUUGCUUGCAAAAUGUGACACAUGCCACCUCCACUAUCAUCUUUCUUGUUUGAGUCCACCUCUAGCACGCAUGCCAAAAAAAACUAAACUGAUGGGCUGGCAAUGUUCAGAGUGUGAUAAGGAAUCUUCUGGUUCAGAAGUGGAGCAUGUUGAUACCUCAGCACCGCGGAAAUUGCGACAUUGUAAAGACGAAGCUAGCCCUUCACUAACACCAUUACAAGAAACCCAUAUUCCAGCUGCUCUUAGUACACCAACAACGUCGAAGAACACUGUUGGUGUUGCUGCUGCAAGCGUCACUACAACACAAGAUGCGCCCACCACGCCAAAGUUGACCAUAAAAGCGAUGGGACCGCAACCUCCAUUCAUGGAAAGAAUGCUAACGGAAACGAGUAUACCUCAGCAACAAUUGUCCAACAAUGUAAAUCUGACACCACGUGAAGGAUCACCGCAGUACAUGGUGGCAUCCGCCGAUGGCACGGAAGCUAUACCUCAGAGAAGUGGGAAGAAACGGAGGAGGGAAAAACAUAAGAGGUACACUCCUGAUCCAAUCACUGGCGUGAAACAGCGUAAGCGUAAACAUAAAAGAAAGAGUUUAGAUGUAGAGAAUCCAGAGACCCAAGGUCAGCCAGAAGUACACAGAAGAAUCACCAUCAAGAUUAAACCAAUCCCGCGUCCAGAAGGUGACAUAGCAUCGGAAUCGAGCCCACAAAUGUUUGUGGCUACUUCUACAAGCACUGAAAUUACACCGCCACCGCCAGUUAAGUUACCGCCGCCACCUCCACCUCCGCCACCAACCACUCUAUCAACGCCUACCACCACUCCGAGUAGUAGCAACACCAACAGCAGAUUGUCAUCUGGAAGUUUGAAAAAAGGAAAAGAAGCUGAUCUUCUUACACAAUGCGACGUCUGCAAUAUGCCUGGCACCAAUCAAAAUCUUGUCAGAUGUGAUGAGUGCAAGAAAUGCUACCACUUCACAUGCCUUGAACCGCCUGUAAAGAAAUCACCCAAGAGAAGAGGAUACUCGUGGCAUUGUGCAGAUUGCGAUCCCAGCGCAUCAGAGUCGGAAAAUUGAAUAUCUAC